CUCAGAUAAUUCCGGAUGCAGCGAAUCAGCGUGCAGCGAGCGAGGAUUUAAACCAAGACACACACAAGCUACAAACUGCAUCAUCCUCCAUUACGAGUCUCCGUCUGUUUGUGGAAGCAACGCUCAUAACGAAAUGGCUCUCCGAGUGACAAGAAACCGCUUGGCCUCUACCAGGACCGACCUUGGAGGAAAGGCUUGCUCGGUGACUGGGCCUGGCCUGAAGCCUAGAGCUGCACUGGGCGAAAUCGGAAACAUUACAGCAAACAAAGAGCCACAGAAAAAGGCUGUCAAGACAGAGGCCACAAAGACCAAAGUCGCCACCAAAGUAGAGAAAGCAGUUGUUGAGGCACCAAAACCUAAAAAUGUUGUUCCUGUUAAACCCGAGCCUGAGGUGCAGCCUGAACCUGCAUCCCCCACUCCCAUGGAGACAUCUGGCUGUGAGCCUGCAGACCUUUGUCAAGCCUUUUCAGAUGUCAUCCUUCACAACGCUAUCAGGGACGUGGAUGCAGAUGACUACGAGAACCCCAUGCUCUGCAGUGAAUAUGUGAAAGAUAUCUACAAGUACCUCCGACAGCUUGAGGUGGAUCAGAAUGUCAGACCUACUUACUUGCAGGGUAAGGAGGUGACUGGAAACAUGCGGGCCAUUCUCAUCGACUGGCUUGUGCAAGUGAACCUCAAAUUCCGUCUGCUGCAGGAGACUAUGUACAUGACUGUAGGAAUCAUUGACCGCUUUCUUCAGGACCACCCAGUCCCCAAGAAGCAGCUGCAGCUGGUUGGUGUGACCGCCAUGUUCCUUGCUUCCAAAUAUGAGGAGAUGUACCCACCAGAGAUCUCAGACUUUGCCUAUGUGACAGACCGUGCCUACACCACCGCCCAGAUCAGAGACAUGGAGAUGACAAUCCUGCGGGUGUUAAAGUUUAAACUGGGCCGCCCUCUUCCCCUGCAGUUCCUCAGAAGGGCUUCAAAGAUUUAUGAGGUAACUGCUGAGCAACACACCCUGGCUAAAUACCUCCUAGAGCUCACAAUGGUUGACUACGACAUGGUUCAUUUCCCACCUUCCAUGGUUGCAAGUGCUUCUCUGGCUCUUACCCUGAAGAUCUUGGAUGCUGGCGAAUGGGAUGUGACACUGCAGCACUACAUGGACUACACAGCAGAGAGCUUGAUUCCUGUGAUGGCACACAUUGCCAAAAACGUUGUGAAAGUGAAUGACGGUCUGACUAAACAUAUGGCUAUCAAAGGAAAGUAUUCAACCUCCAAGCAGAUGCGGAUUGCAGCACUCGCCCAGCUCAAGUCUUCACUGGUAAAGGAUCUUGCAAAGCAAGUCACCCAGUGAGAGGACUGUUAAGCACCAUGUGCUCAUUUGUACAGUUGUAACUUAAACUUUUAACAAGACUGAGGGGUCGGCAAACUGAAGACCAUAUGGGUGGUUUGCAUGUUUUACCAACUCAAAGAGACUGU